AUGCUUCGAUUCCAUUACAAUGUAUAUAAAGAAAUGAGUCAAUAUGGAGUGGAUACGAGGCGUAGUAUGGAUUCGCCACCAAUUAUUGUCAAUAGCAAAUCGAUAUUACGUGGUAAUGCGGAAAAUUCACGUCUACGUUCGGAUAGGCGGCCACAGUUGUUAAAAUCACAAUCUAUUAUUGAUUCAGGCUGUGAAAUUAAUGAUUCAACAAUAACGAAGAGAACUUCAGUAGAUGAGAGUCCAUCAAGCACUAACAAGAUGUUUUUUUCGGAAAGUGUGACAUCGCUUACAUUUAUUCAGUCAUUUGUCAAAAAAAGAGAUCCUCGAGCACAUUUGUGCCUUUGGGUUGGUACUUCUGCGAGCACAUGUAUUAUCUAUCAUUUGUUACUUCCGACUGAUCGUCAAAACUCAACAGUCUCCGUGACUCAUAGCGGUUCAAUAGUUCAGACGCGAGGACGUAUGCUGUAUACAACGCUAAUGGAUCGAAAUUUUUGUUUAUUAGAGGGAGCAGCAGAAAGUUAUCAUGAAAAGGUGAUUGCGAAACCCAAAGAAGAUGAUCGGAAUCAUUCAGAAGAAAAUAACUUUCCGAAUAAAGUUCUUACAAAACUGAGUCUUUCACCAACUUGUUCAAACGCGACAGAAUACUCCCGAGAGGAUGACUUUCUACAGUUUGCUGUUUUGGUUUCUGAAGAUGAAGUACAUACCGUUGCAUUGCCAAAUUUCAAUUCUUUGUUUUUAUACCGUCCGGAAUUCCCAUUCGUUAAGGCACGAGCAACACACGUUCAUGGUUAUCCCGUGCUAAUGUUAUUGAAUGGUGCGGGGCAAAUUGUUAUAUUAAGUCUUCCGAGUUUGAGGCUUCUUCUUUGCUCAAAUCUCUUCCGACAUUCUGUUGAUUACGAUGACCCUAUUUGUUUCAAGACGUCCUUUGCUGAACAUGGGUUGGGUAUGUAUACCAUAACGCCAUCAGAGAUCCAAAAAUUCACUAUUUGCUCGGAAUUAGCAAGCCAAGUGCAGGAAUCAGCUGGCGAGUUGUUCGUGCCUGUUGAUAUGCCUGAGCCACCAAAAAGUUCAUUUUUGAAAGGAAUGUCAACCUUAUUUGCCAGUCAAAAAGACAGCUUCGAUUUGGAUUCUAUAUUUCUUGACAAAAAUUCCAACUCUGUGCCCGGCAGUAGUAUGCGUUCUAUUGCAAAAACAAUACCUGGUCCAUCAAGUAUGGAACAAGCUACAGCACGAGGAGCAUCGGCGGGUCAAGCUGCAAAUAUGGCUUUACAAGCCUUACAUGAACGUGCGGAAAAGCUGAACGUAACUGUAGAUGCAACGGAACGACUUAAAGAAAAUGCAAUGACUCUUUCGCAACGAACAGGAAAGCUAGUGGAAAAGUAUGAAAAGAAGAAAUGGUAUAAUUUCUAG